AUGACCAGGAUGAGUCUGACCAGCCCCACCAUCGUGGCGCGGGCCCAAAAGCGGCCGAUGACCGUGGCCACCUGUGUGGCCGCCAACGGGAAGCCCCAGAGCGUCAUCAAAUGGGAAACCAGGCUGAAGGGGAACCCCACCCAGCAGACCACCCAGAACGCCAACGGGACCUCCACCAUUCGGAGCAACUACGUGCUGAUACCCAGCCGGGAAACCCACAAACAGAAGCUAACCUGCGUCGUAACGUACCGGAACGAGAAAAUCACAGACAGCGUGGUGCUCAACGUCCAGUAUGAACCGGACGUGAAGAUCGAGGGCUUUGAUGGAAACUGGUACCUGAACCGUCAGAACGUGAAGAACAACACCCUGUUCUUUAAGGGUCCGGUGACCUAUGACCUGGCCGGGACUUAUGUGUGCGACGCCACCAACGGCAUCGGGACUCGAACCGGCAUCGUGGACGUCAACAUCACAGGUAGGCUCCGCCCCCCCGCGGCCUCCUCCGCUCGCUAA